AUGGGGAUAGUACCGAUGGUACUUGCCUCGAACACGGGAUUGGCCCUCUGGGAAGCGUCUGAGGCGGGAGUGGAACCAGAAUCGGUCUCCUCAGGAACAAUGGAAAAGGGUUUCGGACCUUGGUCAGUGUCGUUAAGACUUUGCUGGGAAGGAGGAGACGGCAGAGACGACUGCGACUGCGAAGGUCCAAUCAGAGGGAACAGCGGGAACAAGGAGUCUGGGUUAAUCGGAUCUCUUGGGCUCGAAAUGAUAGAGCCACUGGAGACGUUUCUGUUCCUGUUCUGGUACAUUCUGCUGGAGUUUGUGUCGUCAAAACUGUCCAGCAAUCCAGAGCCCGAGCCGUUGAUGCCUUGGAAUGGGUCUGCCACCGACUGGCUGUACUUCUGGUCGCUGUUGGGGACAGCCUCGCCGACAACAGGGCUGUCGGUGUUGGAAUUGAAACUGCUCAUCAAGGUGGAGAAAUUGUUGUUCAUCGUGUUCAACGGAGCAACGUACUCAUCCAUCGGGACCAUAAUCUCGCCGACUUUCUUUUGCUGA